UAUUCUGCUGGAUAUGCUGUGCAAUGACUGCUGGAAAUUGAAAAUAUUUUGCUGCAGUACAGAGUGCGUGUCCAUUCAUUUUUCCCAGUCACACAGAACAGAGCUGUGUGGCUUCAUUUUAUUUCUGCUUGCGAUGUCCUGGCGAUGGUGCCAAAGAAAGUUUUUGCGCAAAUCAUUUUAUGAAAGAGUCAUGCGGAAACUAGCAAUACACGGCAGGAUUUACCAAAAGACUUGGACUGAAAGAAGGUUCUGUCCCCGUUGAUCAUAAAUCUGCAGAUGAUGGCGAUACACAAGUUGGAGCUGUUCUGUGAAAAGAAACAACUGUUCUGAGGCGAAGGAACUGGUCAGCGGAGACGGUUUCUGCUCUUCGAUUGGCUGAACCCACUGCUGAUUAUUCACGGCCGCUCGGCAGCACCUCCCACAGACGCACAGCGGCAGCGCUGCUUUUCUUUUUUCUUCUUCUUCUUCUUUUUUUUCUUAAACCCCCACAAUGAUAUUCAAGGCACUUGUGACUCGACUGCGACUGUAGAGAGGGGGAAAGCACCCAGAAAAAGAGAGAACCUCACCUCCUCAAACAACGAAUGAGGUAGGUAGGGACCAGGAGGCAGAAGAAGCGAGAGAAAGAGAAGACGAGAGGCUGUGGAGUUAAAAGAGAGGCGGCAGCGGCGGCGGCUCAAGAGCUCCAGCGAGGAGUGUCUAAUUGCGUGCGCUUUAUUAGAAAGUGUCUAAUUUGAAGAGAUUCGACAUGUCAUCGUCCGGGAAAGACAACAGCGUUGCCCAGCACGCCAAUUACGUGGGACCUUAUCGUUUGGAGAAGACGCUUGGGAAAGGACAGACAGGGUUGGUAAAGCUUGGAAUUCACUGUGUGACAUGCCAGAAGGUUGCCAUAAAGAUCGUCAACCGCGAGAAGCUCAGCGAGUCGGUACUAAUGAAGGUGGAGCGAGAAAUAGCUAUUUUGAAGCUCAUAGAACACCCACAUGUUUUAAAGCUUCAUGAUGUCUAUGAAAAUAAAAAAUACUUGUACCUUGUGCUAGAACAUGUGUCUGGUGGUGAACUGUUUGACUACUUGGUGAAGAAAGGCCGGUUAACACCAAAAGAGGCCAGAAAAUUCUUUAGACAAAUUAUGUCUGCCCUGGAUUUCUGCCACAGUCAUUCAAUAUGCCACAGGGAUCUAAAGCCUGAGAACCUAUUGCUAGAUGAAAAGAACAAUAUCAGGAUAGCAGACUUUGGUAUGGCCUCUCUUCAGGUUGGAGACAGCCUAUUGGAAACCAGCUGCGGAUCGCCACACUAUGCAUGUCCAGAAGUCAUAAGGGGAGAGAAGUACGAUGGGAGGAAAGCAGAUGUCUGGAGCUGUGGGGUCAUUCUUUUUGCUCUUUUAGUGGGCGCCCUGCCAUUCGACGAUGACAACCUAAGGAAUCUUUUGGAGAAAGUGAAGUUGGGAGUGUUUCACAUGCCACAUUUUAUUCCUCCAGACUGUCAGAACCUUCUGCGUGGCAUGAUUGAAGUAGACGCAUCCAAAAGACUAACGUUAGAAAAAAUCCAGAAGCACUCAUGGUACAUUGGUGGCAAAAAUGAACCGGAGCCAGAGCAGCCUGUCCCCAGAAAGGUAACAAUCCGCAGCCUGCCUUCUGCAGACGACAUCGACCCCGACGUACUGGACAGCAUGCACUCCCUGGGCUGCUUCAGAGACAAAAACAAGCUCCUGAAAGACCUGCUCUCAGAUGAUGAAAACCAAGAGAAGAUGAUUUACUUCUUGUUACUUGAUCGUAAGGAGAGAUACCCCAGUCAAGAGGAUCAGAACCUUCCUCCUCGCAAUGAGAUUGAUCCUCCAAAGAAGCGGGUUGACUCUCCAAUGUUGAACCGUCAUGGCAAGAGGAGGCCAGAGAGGAAGUCCAUGGAGGUUCUGAGUGUCACUGAUGGCGGUUCACCAGUACCAGCCAGAAGAGCCAUCGACAUGACACAACAUGGGCAAAGUAACUCAGUGUACAGUAAAAGCUUGGAUAUUCCUGACGCCAGAACAAAAUGCAGCAAAGAAGAAAGGUCGCGGUCUAUUAGUGGAGCCUCUUCUGGCCUCUCCACCAGCCCCCUCAGCAGCCCACGGGUUACCCCUCACCCUUCCCCUCGAGGCAGCCCCCUCCCAACCCCAAAAGGCACUCCAGUGCACACUCCCAAGGACAGUCCUGCAGGAACUCCAACUCCCACACCGCCCCCAAGCCCAUCCAUUGGCGGCAUGCCUUGGAGGACGCGCCUUAACUCUAUCAAAAACAGCUUCCUCGGCUCACCGCGCUUCCACCGCAGGAAACUCCAAGUUCCUACGCAAGAGGAGAUGUCCAGCCUCACACCAGAGUCUUCCCCAGAACUUGCCAAAAAAUCCUGGUUUGGUAACUUCAUCAGCCUGGAAAAAGAAGAGCAGAUCUUUAUUGUCAUCAAAGACAAGCCUCUCAGCUCCAUUAAGGCAGACAUUGUUCAAGCCUUCCUUUCGAUUCCCAGUCUGAGCCACAGCGUCAUCUCUCAAACAAGUUUCCGGGCAGAGUACAAGUCCACCGCCGGCCCCACAGUCUUCCAGAAGCCGGUCAAGUUUCAGGUGGACAUCACCUACACAGAGAGCACAGCUGCCACAAAAGAGAACGGCAUCUAUUCAGUUACUUUUACCCUGCUCUCAGGUCCAAGCCGACGUUUUAAGCGAGUAGUUGAGACGAUUCAGAGCCAGUUGUUAAGCACACAUGAUCAGCCUGGGGUCCAACAACUCUCUGAUGAGAAGAAUGGCCAAGUGCCCCACCCUUUCGCCAUGCCCUCCAAGCACUGCCCCUCUCCCAUGCACGUCCGGAGACACGAAUCAGAAAACAAUGACACCAAAUUCCCAGCUGCAGGCCGAGACAGAGCCAAGCUGUCAGUGGCAUCUGUGGGGACACAGGAAGAGACUUAGCCUGAGACAGUUUAUAGAUGAACCGAUGCAAAUCCGAACCAGGCGCAAAGACAGCAUCUAGUUUACAGACAUUAUUAGGGUAAAAUUUCUUUAUGUAAGAAAAUACACCACAGCUCCAGAACACAUAAAUAAAAUGCUGCAACUCUCCGAUUUGUCAUUUCUCUACAGUUUCCAGCAUCAUUAACACUCCCUCUUCCCGACCCGCCCAUCAAACCCCCCCCUAUGUCCCAUGCUUGUUUGUGUCCCUUUCUCCUGCUAACUUCUGUAAUGUCCUGACUUGUUUUUGACACCAGGAAUUAUCCAGAAAACCUAUUAAAGUCCCUCCUCCUGCUCCAUGCUCCACUUGCCCUCCAACAACUACCCUGAUCCACCCCCUUCAAAUGUGCCAAGAGUGGAGGACUCCUCUCCGAGGGGUGCCGAAAAAAGACUUCCUCCUUCGACUGCACCCCAACUCCACCUUUGGCAUCCAUCAGUAGAAAGUAGAUGAAAGUCCUUUUAGUGUUUCUUCCAUAAUCUUUCAAGCACACACCUACAAUCACACUCUCCAACCAUCAAAUGGCUCAUCUUCUUUUUUUUUUAAGGGAUUAUUUUUAUCCUAUUGGAAAUAAAACACCAGUCAAAACACUCAAGGUACAGCAUACAAAAAAAAAAAAAAAACAUGGACAAAACACUCUGGGAUGUACCCUAUGUUGAUGAAAAACAUAAAAUAAACCUACAAAAGACUUGCAGAAAUGUGAGGAGGAGCAAAGAGAGAGCGUUGUUGCUGGAAGUCCAAACGGCCAACACAGGCGCUUGCCGGAUUGUAUCCGUUUGCUUUGUAUUGUUCUUUCUUUGUGAUGAACUGGGUUUGAAUUUAAAUUUUUAUUAGACUUGAUACAACUGCUGCAAAAAUGGACUGAAAUUAUGAUUUCAGAGAGGACGUGGCGUCAGCAAACCAGGCAACGGGGAGAUGGGGGAGAUAAAAUGAAAGUAUUGGGGGGGAAGGUGCAGGGAGGGUUAUGUGGGUAUUUAAAAUGAAUGAUAUAUUCUCUUGUACAGACUGAAAGCAUUUUUAAUGUAAAAAAAAAAAAUGAAAUGUCUAGUUGUGACACUGUUAGAUAUCAUAGAAACAGGCUGUUGAAGCUACGCCUGCAUCAUUCUGUUAUUUUAAAUUCUGUGUAUUUUUGUUACAUGAUUAUCGCUAUCCUUGUUUGAUCGACCUGGAAAUUAUCCAAACAUUCCCUGUUCUCUGCAGCACUUUCUUUGAUUUUCCAUUUGUACCUCUCUCUUAGUCUCAAAUACCAGCAGUAGGAGUAGAGGAACAAAAAAAAAAAAAAAAUGUGAUAAAUGCAAUUGUGAAUAUUUUUGUAUCGUUGUCCUUAUUUAUUCAUAUCUGUUCAUCUCACUGUUUAAUUCCUAAUUUAUUAUAACUUGGCUAUUUAUAUGGACAAAGCUGUUAGGUCAGUUGAAUGUUAUUUACUACCCCCUUGUGUGUUGGUAAAUGGGACAUUUAAAGAAGAAAAAAAAAGCUGAACUUUAUUUUGUUUUGUUUUUGUUUAACUUUAAACAGAAAUAUGUGAACUUUGACAAAUUUCUUUAUUUCCAGACCUCAUUCAAGAGGAAACAAGAACUUGUUGGAACUCUGGAAAAAUAAUGGUUUUGCCAGUAAUUUAAGAAUGUAGACUUAGCCUCUUUUGGAAGAGGGAACAUGCUCUUCUAUUGAUAUUUGUCAGUUUCAUAAUAUUGUGCAUUGUAUGCCAGGCCUGAGGAGGAGAAUUUGUCAGAUCGUGAUCUGCUUCUUCUCUUUGUAAAUAGACAGACAAGCUGUGGGGGUUGAUUGUCUUCUCAACCAUGCCGGGGAUUCCUGCUCUAUGCUUUUAGCUUGUAUUGCUGUGUGCAUGUCAAACAUGAGCUUUUCUUUGCAUGGCUUUAGUGUUUAAUGUUCCACGCCAAACUCACCCCUUCGAUCAGCCUUCAUUAAUUUUUCCCUCAACAGUACUGUAUUUUAAAGUUGAAAUUCCCUUCUCUCUGCUUUUAAUUCUGGCCUUUUAUUUUCUUACUCUACUUUCAGUCCUGCUGACUUUCUUUUCCUUCCUCCAGCUUGUGCACAAAGUUUUUAAAUGAUGCUUCCUUUACUUAUGUACCUCUCUGCGGAAAGCUCAGAGGUUUGGGCGUUCUGUGCCUGUCUGUUGAAGAGGCACAGGGAGGGAAUACCACUACUACAAAAUCAAAGCAAUACCUUUUAUUCACCCUCCUCUUUGUUUACUACAAUGGGAAGCUGACAGCACUGAGGACAAAUUUUGGCCCGGAUGGGUCUUUUCUUCUUUUUCUUUUUUUUUUCUUUUUGUUUUUGGACAGAGCAGGAACAAAACUUACUGAUGUAAUCCCCAUUCUAAAUAACUGUGAGCAUUUUCAGUGCUGAAACAAAUAAACUCAUUCAGUUAUGGUGUGUGUGUAUGUUCUCCUUUUUUAUAUUGGUAAAGAUAGGUCCAUUCCUUUAAGAAAAAAAAAAAACCCACACACACACAAGAAUUAAGGGUACACUUAAACAACUCAAUGUAACUCCAAGUCAAUCGCACUUCUGUCAAACCAACCUCACCUGUUAGGAAACAACACUGUGAAUGUAUUUCACCUG